AUGUUUCAUGUGUUUGUUUUAUUCUGUUUGUGCUGGUGCCGUCUGAUUGGUGUGUUUGGUGCUGAAGCAAAUGAAAUACAUUCAGUGUCAGUGAUGGAGGGAGAUUCUGUUACUCUAAACACUGAUGUUACUGAAUGCAAAGACGACAGGAUAGUGUUGUCAUUGGGAGCUGAAAAGUCUCUCAUAGCGAAUAUCAAAAGAAACAAACAAAUCUUCUCCAUAUCUGAUGUUCUUGAUGGGAGAUUCAGAGACAGACUGAAGCUGGACAAUAAAACUGGAUCUGUGACCAUCACAAACAUCACAUCUGAACAUGCUGGAGUUUAUCAACUAGAGAUAGUUGGAGCAAAACUGUUAACAAAAAUAUUCAAUGUAUCUGUCUAUGCUCGUCUGCCUGUUCCUGUCAUCAGCAAUAACUCUUCAACCUGUUCAUCAUCAUCAUCAUCAUCAUAUUGUUCACUGGUGUGUUCAGUGGUGAAUGUGGGUCAUGUGACUCUCUCCUGGUACAAAGGAAACAGUUUAUUGUCCAGCAUCAGUGUGUCUGAUCUCAGCAUCAGUCUCUCUCUACCUCUGGAGGUGGAAUAUCAGGAUAAAAACACCUACAGCUGUGUGCUCAACAAUCCCAUCAGCAACCAGACCACACAUCUGGACAUCAGAAAACUCUGUCUCACAUGUUCAGAUCAGAGCCUACCCAUGUUGUACAUAGUGCUGAUCUCUGCUGCUGCUGGAUCUCUGUUGAUUGUCUCUGCUGUCGUGAUCUUCUGCAUCUACAGGAAAUGUAGAAAAACUGAUCAAGAAGUUCAGAGUUGUGAAGAAGAGAUCACUUACAUUGAUCCAACAUUCCACAAACGAAAACCCCAAUCGAAAGUUAAAGAGGAGGAUCAUGUGGUGUAUGCGCCUGUCACCACGAGAUGAUGAUCAAAUGUCAGUCAAAAAGAGUACUUGUACUAAGUACCAGAUCCAGCUGUGUGAUCACUUUCACUUGGAAACUCCUACCUCAGAGUUUGAAGUUUUAGGAUCGAUGAGAAUCACCAAAUGUAGCAUUUACUAAAAAUUUAG